AGAAGUGUUUAAGUAAUUCCAUCCCAUCCCUCCCCUUUCAGUGCACUCUCAAAUUACCAAUGGAAUGAAGUUUGGACUCCUACUUCUAGAGCCUCAGUAGUUUUACCAGCUAGGACAAGUGAAUCUGAAGAAAUUCUUCUCUGGGCUUGCAUUAUGGAAAAUAGCUCUCAAUCCAGCAGUCAACAGGCUCUAUGGAAAGAUGUGGAGGUGGGGAAAGAGAAGACCAUGUACCGGAGCUACCAGCGAGGAGCCCUGAUUCUGGGGCUGGUUUUCCUGGUGUUGACCCUGGGCAUCUUCAGCCUUAGACACCUCUGGAGCCCAAGUCUGGGGAAGGUGUACGACCAACAUUAUAAGGCCGUGCUGGACGGCAUGGAAACAGACAGCAUCAUGAAGAUUGACCCCACCCACCGCAUUGAGAUCUUCAGGAUGGGCAACGGUAGCAAUGAGGUCCUCGAGGUCCACGACUUCAAACAUGGAAUCACAGGUAUCCGGUUCGCCAAACAUCAGAGGUGUUACAUCAAGACCCAGACCAGGGAGCUUCCCAAAGUGACAGAGGUGGCGACCUUGAACACGGAGAUACUGGUGGGCAUCACAGAGGGCAUGGACAUGCAGGUGGUGGAGGACUCCCAGGUGUGGGUGCCUGCUGAGGAGCCCAUCGCUAACCCAGCUUUCCUCUUCAACUCCAAGAUCUGGGAGAUAUGCCAGGAGCUACCCAUCCACUGGAUCCAUCCCUCACCCAUGAGAGAUGCUGAGUUCCACGAGGUGGAGGACGAUGAGGACAUUCCUGAUGCUGAGGUCGGAGGUCACCGUGUCGCCCGUGACAUCCUGGACCAGGUUCCUGUCAACGACUAUAGAGACAUCGGAGUCGAGCUGGAUAACCGUCUAGAUGACCGAGGCUACUGCUGCCAGCACUGUCGUCGUGGUUACCGCUAUUGCCAACGCUACUACGAGCCACUGGGGGGUUUUAACCCUUACCCGUACUACUACCAAGGAGGACGUGUCAUCUGUCAGAUCAUUAUGCCCUGCAACUGGUGGAUCGCCCGUAUGCUCGGGAGGGUAUGAUUGGAUGGUCAAACUGGAUUCACUAUGUUUCAGCUCACAUGAUAGGCGCAUUCAUUUUGAGGCUGGAUUUACACUACACUAGGCGUAGAGUCCCAGCAACCACUUUGUGACUUCACCAUGUACAACACAGACUUUGGUGCUUGCCAGAAUUUGUAAUAACUCGACACAAGCAUCAGUUACGUUUCGCUAAGGCGUACGCUUGGUGGUGUGUAAACCCAGCCUAGGCCCACCCAAGGCACCAGGUGGGUGGAGUUCGCACAUUUGAGACCAUUCCAUCAGUGCACACUCAGCUCAACUGGUGCGCUUGGUGAGGUAAAACGAAUGCAACCCUUGCUACUCCCCAAUCAGUAUUCCAAAGCUUUUGUGAUAGCAAAACAUUUAUAGUACACAAUUGUAAUCCAUCCUGUCUCAAAAAUAAGCAAAUUGACUGUCAGUCUUAAGUCUAAAUUGAGUUUUGGGAGUGUCUGGGCGAUAUCUCUAAAAGGCAUUAGAUCUCCCGAGCUGUUACAUUGUGAAUGUUUACCUAGCCAUCAAAUUCUGGUUGUGUGGCCGUGUUGUGUCUGUGCACUGAAGUGCAAUUUUGCUUUCAACAUGUCAAAGUGCUACGUUUGGCUGUUUCUCUCGUUGAUGCAUUUCUUUCUCAUUUAAUUUUCUUCUUUAUGUUUAUUAUAGGUGGCACAUAACCGACAUUCUCUUGCUGGUGGAGCCGACCUGGGUUUAAAUAGUAUUCGAUUUCUAUCAAAUACUUUGCACGCUUGAUUGAGCCUUCCUGGAGCGACAGAUAGGGAAUGGUUUGCACUUUCCCGGACUAUCCCAGUGGUGCGCCAUAUAAUCUCAGUCAAACACAGCGUAACUAUUUAACAACAAAAAAAAUGAUAAUAUUUGAACCCAGGUCUGCUUUGAAAUAUGCUAACCAACAAUGUAUUUUGAACUGUAGCCUGUGUAGACUGUAGCAUGCUCGCUCUGUCAACCCUUUCUCAACGUUAUCGGUUGAACAAAAAUAACAUAAGUCCUUUUUUUGUGAAUUACCUAUUUUGACUAUUGUUACCACCAUUAGCAUGUUAUCUUGAAAUAGUGUGUAUUGUAUGGAUGAGGUAUACAAAAACUUUGUUUUUACUAUCAGAAUGAGUCCACUACUAAUUAUAAUAAAGCAAUAGUGCAUGUAUAUGCUGCAUUCUUCUAAUUUAACUUGUCCAUAUUUCUUUGAUGUAAACACAUUUUUGUUAUUUUAUGCAGCAUUGUUUUAACUGCAAUGGCUGUAAAUGACUGUAAUAGUAGCACAGUUCAAUUACCAUACAGUAAUAUAAUCUUUUGCUAAUUUUCCCAUUUGCUCAAGCUCACGAUAAGUAUGCUCUGAGCAGUGAUUCUACCAGCAUGGUUAGGCCUACAAGAAUAAGAGAGAUUUCAUGGCUUGACAUGCUUAAGUGAUCAACAAGUACAUACAAUUCAAAUGUAUCUUGAAACUAAAUGACAUCUAAUACCCACUCAUAUCAAGAUAAAGAACUGAUUUUACAUUCACAGUGAGUAUGGUGAUACGGCAUCCGUAUUAGAACGUUUUAUCUGGUGACUGUUGGAGUUUCGCCUGACAAUUGAGGAACUUCCUAAUGUGGAUGCCAAAGUAAAGUUUCGACUUGCUGAAAUUCCAACAUUGGUUGAUAAAGGUCAAAUACUACACAUUCAACUGGUCCAGUGCUGCAGUUCAAUCAUAUCUUAACCUUUUGAGGGUCAAUCUAUCACUUACUGUAUGUCCUGACUCCAAAAUUGAUUGAUUGAUUGUGUCAUAUUCCACUUUGCUUCAUAAAGCAUUAUACACCCUGUACAUAAUGCUCCAUGGAAGUAGUUAUAGAUGUUUAUGAGCACUGUUAUUAGCACCGAUGUUCUAAUGUAUUAUAGAGGUAGUUCAUAAGAGGUGUUACUGAUAUCCUUGCUCGAAAAAUAACCCUAAGUAGAUGCUCUUUAAUCAAAACAAUAAAAAAGGUAAACAUGCAAACUUAAAAAGACAGA